UAAUCUCUCUCUUGCGCACACCUAAAAAUCACUUUCAAUUCCUUUAAAAAAUAAAAAUAAAAAUCACAUCUCACCUUCUCUCUCUAUCUAUCUGAGUCUCCCUCUCUACCUCACUCUCUCACAGGGGUGAGCUUGCUUCUGGUUCGGCAACUGGAUUCUCUGCGAUUUCUCAGGGACCGAAACGCAAAAAGAGAAAAAAAAUGGCCGAAGAAAAAGAAUCCACUUCAAUUCCACUAAGUCAAGCUGAGAAUGGCACUCCGGAUCCCGAGGAUCCAGCCAAGUCUCCACCCCCUUCUCCCAAUUCCUCCACUCGUAAGGCUUGCUGUUAUGUUCUCCAGAGUUGGGUCUCAAAAAAGUUCAUGACUGGAUGUGUAGUUCUUUUCCCUGUUGCAGUUACAUUUUUUAUUACAUGGUGGUUUGUUCAGUUUGUUGAUGGUUUCUUCAGUCCAUUGUAUGAACAUCUGGGAGUUGACAUAUUUGGACUCGGGUUUAUUACAUCUUUACUUUUUGUAUUCUUCAUUGGUGUUUUUGUUUCAUCAUGGACGGGUGCCACUCUUUUCUCACUUGGAGAAUGGUUUAUUAAGAGAAUGCCCUUUGUGAAGCAUAUCUACUCAGCCUCCAAACAAAUUAGUGCUGCAAUUUCUCCAGACCAAAAUACAACAGCUUUUAAAGAGGUAGCAAUUAUCCGUCACCCACGUGUAGGUGAAUAUGCUUUUGGUUUUAUCACGUCAACUGUCACCCUUCAGAGAGAUAAUGAAGAUGAAGAGCUAUGUAGUGUAUUUGUCCCAACAAAUCAUUUAUACAUUGGUGAUAUAUUCCUUGUCAAUUCCAAAGAGAUCAUAAGACCAAAUCUUUCUAUCAGGGAAGGGAUAGAGAUCAUUGUUUCCGGUGGUAUGACAAUGCCUCAAAUAAUUUCUCCAUUAGAAAGGGUUGCCAGACAGAAUGACAGGAUUCCUUUGAACAGAAUUAUGAAUUGACUUGAAAAGGCAGGCAUUUCUGGUAAUUUUCUAGUUACUUGCUCAUUCCAUAUAUAUAAAUUAUAUGUGUAAUCGUCAAAGUGUCCCUUAAGGAUUUGAUCAUUAGAUUAGGUUGGUUGUCCACAGUAUUAGGUUUUAGCUAUUAAGCUUUCUUUGUAGUAACAGUGAUAGAAUUUUAAUAGGUUGGGGGAGAUAUUGGUUAUUGUAUUUGUAAACGUUGGUUGAUUGAAUGUUCAUUACAUAACAAAUGCUGGAGACUUUAGCAAUACUGUUUCGGUACCA